UAUUACACUAGAGUCGUGCGGGUGUUUUUUCCCCCCUUCUCCCGCCCUCCCUUAUCAAAAUUCCUGAGUCGGAGAAACUGCCUGCUGUGGGGGAUCUUCUCUCUCUCUCUUUCUCUCUCGCCUUCACCCCGAGCCUGAGGGCGAAAGAGUGAGGCGGGUGCCCUGGGCGCCGCGCUUGCUCGUUCCCCGGCAUCGUCUCCCUGCCUCCCUCCCCCGCUUCUCCGUUUUAAUGUGCCAAACGAGAUUGCGGAGGGCUCCAGGCUCCCCAGGCUGGCUCCCGUUGGACCCGGCGCUUCUCGCCGCAGGAGUCGCAGCCGUAGCGCGGUAGUGCCGGCUGCCGCCUCUGGAGGCGCGGCGACUGACGCUGGAGAGGUGGGGAGAGCAUCUUCGGCCACGGACCGUCCGGGGAGUCCAGCGGAGGUGCCGCGAAUUCCGAGAAGCUCUCUCGGAUAAAAUGGCCAAGUAUUACUGCGAAUAAUCACAUCAACCGUUCCUAUCUUCACAUCCUUUUUACGUCAUGGGACCUGAUGCCAGUUUCCUAAGUACUGGAGUGCUUCAUAUCAUUGUAUGGGGUAGCUUGGGAGCCAUGGCAAUGCUUCUGGUGUUUAGUUUCCUCCUCUUUCUCUGCUCUGGUUGUGACAGGGAAAAGAGGCCUGAGCAGCAAAAUGGAGACCAUGAAAAUCUGAUGAAUGUGCCUUCAGAUAAAGAGGCAUUUAGUCACUCUGUCACAAGUCUGGCUACAGAUCCAAUUGCAAGCAGUGAACAAAAUGGUGGAAUCAGUAAUGGCGAUGUUCUUUCAGAAGAUAGUACAGCUGCUUCUCUCCAACCUUAUGAAGAAGUGCAAACCUCCGUUACAGAUCUUUUGGAUCAACAGGACACAUUGGGAAGAUCUUUAAAAUGUCAUCAAAGUAGAGAGCUACCUAGAAUUCCUCCAAAUAAUGCCAUAGAAACAAUUCUUACCACAAGAAAUGCAGAAAAUGACCAGAGUGUGGGAAUGGAAGGGCCCUAUGAAGUGUUGAAAGAUAGUUCCUCCCAAGAGAACAUAGUAGAAGACUGCUUGUAUGAAACAGUGAAGGAAAUUAAGGAUCUGGGAGCAGCAGCCAACUCAGAGAAAUGCAAACCAAAGAUGACUGUGAUGGUUAAUGGAAUUUUAGAUCAUGUUCUUGAGAAGAAGACAGAAGCGGCAGAAUAUGCAUCUGUUGACAGAAAUAAAAAAAGUUGCCACAGUGUUAAUUCAGAGAGUCCUCUUAGCAGUACAACUCCAGAUGUGGAAGAAGAAGCUCCACCUCCUGUACCAAUAAAACUUCUUGAUGAAAAUGAGAAUGUACAGGAUAAAGGAGCCAAAGAAGAGGAGGAAGUAAUGGAAAGGCUUAAUGAACCCGACAAGAGACUUAGUUCCUUGAUUUAUAAAUCUCGAGAAGAUGACCCAUCUCUUACAGAAGAUGAGAUUUCAGCAAUGUAUUCUUCUAUAAAUAAAACCGGACAACCCUCUAGAGACUUGGAAUCUACAUAUACCUGUAUUCCUGAACUUGUACCUCAGAAGUCUCCAUCUAUUUGCAGUGGCCUCUAUGCCAGUGUGAAGGACUUGGAAACAAAUCCAAACCUUACUGAUUUGCCUCAAUCAACAAUACUUCUAAAUGGGGACUUGGAACCAGACUAUGAGGCCAUUCAGACUCUAAGUCGAGAGGAGGAAAGAAAUGUUUUGAUGUCUAGCACUCUUCAAACCAUCCUCCCACAAGAGAAUGACUAUGAGAGUAUUGGUGAUUUGCAGCAAAAUAAAGAUGUCACCAGGCUUUAAUUGAUUCAAAAACAAAACUUUGGAACAUGCUGUUCAGCAUGUCUUUCAAGAUGGAUUGAUUCCAUGACUUUUUAUUUUCAAACUCAACACACAGUUGGAAAUGUAAAAUGCCCAAAAAGUAUUUUGCUUGAAAUGAUGUCAGGCAACGUGAAACCUUAGCCUGGGAUGUUUGAUCAAUGAUUCCUGCUUCAUAUCCAUCAAACUAUCAUUCAGAUAUGAACUUACCCUAACAAGCAGGAAACAGGCAAAUGCUCCAUUUGAAGAACCAAGAUCACAUGGAUGAAAAAACACACACAAAUUGCUGCUGUUUCACAGUGAUUUUUCUACUCCCCUAAGUGAUGUUAUCACAUCAUAUAGAUAAAAUCAGAAUCAGAGAUGAGGAUUCUGGAAAGCUUCAAUAGAAGAGACAUGUUGAAGCAAGAAUGACAUGUUUGGAGCACAUGUUCAGACACAUACUCAUAUCUUAAUAUAUAAAAAACUGGUACUGUUAAAUAAGGGCCUUUUUAAAAGAUCUUUACUUUCAGUUACUUCAACCAUUUUAUUAAAAUGUGUUCCCAAAUUACACAUUCAUUUAGGUUGUUUUCAAACAUAUAGAGUAGAUAAAUUUAGUGGGCUAAUUUGUCUUAAUUCAUUGUUUUCAACCAUGGCAACUAUAAGCUGUGUGGAUUUCAACUCCCAGAAUUUUCCACUCAGCAAUAGGAAAUUCUGGGAGUUGAAGUCCCCACAGCUUAAAGUUGUUAAGAUUGAGAAAUGCUUCCCUAAUAUAUUUACGGUGAGGCAGCCCUGAGAUGUUGUGAAUGAAUGUGUUGGCCUAUUCUCAGGUUCAUGCUUCUGCUUUGAUCUUGCUCUAAAGUAACACAAGAGCAAUGAGUAAAAUGCAGGCAUUUGUGGGAAUUAGGAAAGACUGCCUUUGUGAGGAACUACACAGAUGCGGUUGAAGAAAUCAUAUACAUCUUGUUUGCUUCAUGGAUUGUUUACAGAUUGGCUAUAUAAUUCCUUACUAUUUUUACAGUUUUUCAAUUUUAUAAUACCCAUUUUCUUUCAAUAUUAUGCUUGGAUUGAUUUACAUUUACUGGUGGUAGGAUCAGGAUAUUUUAAAAUAUAUUUAAUACAUACACAAUUUCUGCUUUUCAAACACUAGCAAUCACUUUUAUUUUUAUUCUUAAUGUAUUUUGCAACCUGCCCAAACAAGCUGCAACAUUUUGCAGAGGUUAUAAUUCUCUCAGAAACAAAAAAUGCAUCUUUAAGAAGUAUCUUUUUAUAUAAAAUUGUAAAUAAAAGGUAAGACACGUUAUAGACUCUGGAGUUAUUUAAUGAAGCAUUCAGUAUACUUGAGUCUAAAAAAGACUGUAAAGAAAAUUGUUUAAAGUAAAAAAUUAAUACAAAUAAAGGGAAAUAACAUUAUUCUUAGUAACCUACAAUUUUAGAUAUUCUCAGAAUCACUCUUGACAAUAGUCAUGUUCACUUGUUCAAUUUUGAUUUGCAACCAACUCAAGAUAGCUACUGCCGCUGAAUCGUUUCUUUUAUAACUAGGCAAGAUUUCAGGAAGUUUUGAACCAGCAACCAUAGAAACACAAAACAACAGACCUUUCUUGCAGAGAUUGUAAAUUCCACAGUAUUACCAAAAAAAGUGAUACUGUGCUUGGUUUCUAUAAAGAUUAGUGCCAAUACUUAGCAUGUAAAUUUCCUCUAAUCCAUUUUACCAAAAUAGCAUGUGUGAAAUUGUACCUUGUCUUCUUUAUAUUUCUACUUCCUUUGUUCUCAGGUUUAUUCAGUUUAUUUACAUAAAAAUAUCUUGCAGCAUUGAAAGAUAAGUACAUUUAUUACAGUUUAGGAUUUUGAAUCAGAUUGUCACUUCAUUCAACUUUCAUUAGGCACCACAAGAUGUUUAAUCUGUUGCUUAAAAGCAAUAAAUAUGGCUGAUCUCUGGAAACUGAUCCACACAAUUUCCAAAGGAUGUGGCAUUUAAAGAUUUCCUGCAUAGAUACUGUAGAACUAAAUAUCUCUUUAUGUAAAAGAGAACUGCAUGUCUCCAACAUUCAGAGAUAUAUCCUGUAUGGAGCUUUUUUGGAAAUUAUGCAACUUUUUGAAAGAAAAAAAUGCAUAUUAAUUUGCUGAAUCUGUUGUAUCAGAUGUGUGUCUUUUUGUUAAAUACCGCUAUUUAACAUAAAAAUGGAUAUAUAAGCCUACAAUAUUAAAGUAGUUGUAUGAAUAUUAAUUCCCAUUUAAAAGUUGAAUGGGAAUGAAUUAUCAUUAUCAGAAUAAUCAGCCAUAUAAACUGAGGGCCUAGUGACCAUGGAAGCAUGAUCUUUAAUUUAUUAGAUUAGUUUUAAGCUGAAUUAAGUCUUCAUCUUAACAGCUGUCACACAGACAUAAUUCCAUGGUCUUUUUGGUGGUUGUUCCAUAUUUGUUGGAAUUGGCCAGUUUGCCUCAAGGACUGAGUGGCAAAUGAAUGUACAUAUAUAUGGGGAUACCACAUUUUUGAUGGUGUAGUACAAAGUGAAAAUUCCUGCACUGGUGAAAAUAAUGCUCAUAAGUAGAUUGGGGGGGGGGGGAGAGGACUGCUCAUAUAUUUAGCAUUUAGGAAAUUUACUUCCCAAAGCUUUUCAUAGAAGUUCUGCAUAUAAUGUAUGUCCUAAGGUGUUGGCUUACAUUUCAAUAUGCUGUUUCACAUGAACAUUUCAUUGCUGCUGGGUUAAAAAAAUGCUUGGGUGGUGGGCUACAUUUGAAAUAAUCAUCUACUACUAAGCUUUCAGGAUACAUGUAUACUAAUACAAAUGGAUAAUUCUGUGGAUAAACUCUGGAUCCCAUCAAUCUUCCUCUUGUGAGAAAUUAUUUUCACCAAAGCCAUCUGUAUGAGGAACAUCUUAUUUUAAAAUAUAUAGCGGAAAGUAUUUGUGAACUCAUCUUCCAGAAUAAAUACAGUCUCCUAUGGUGCAAUAUGGCGAUAGGCAUCUUAUUCCUUUCAGCAUAAAAGACUGUGCCUUUACAAAUUUACCUUCCAUGAAAAGUCUGGACAAACGCUUCUGACAAUAGCAAGCGUGGUACAUUUUCUUAAAACUGUAUGGUGCUGUACAAAAUUCUUACAAAUAUUUCAUUGUAUGUGUCUCUGAUAGCUUGUUUGUACUGGGUUUUUUGUUUUUGUUUUUUUUAAAGGGAGAGCUUUUUUCUACUAAAUUAUCUAUGUUGCUUAAGUUUGGGAUGCUUUAUUUCAAGCAAUGCUUUAGUGGACUACAAAGAGAUAGAUAACCACAGACAUGCUUAGGAAGUGUUAAAAAUGGGUGAGUUUUUCUAAAGCACAGAGAAUUACCCAUGAAAAGAGGAGAGAGGAGGUAUUCCUGGUAGGAUCUAAGAAGGUAGUUGUAAGCAGCUAAUGGCAGUAGUAAGAAGCAAAGGAAGUCAAUAGUAUUGCAGAUAUACAUUUGCUGGCGUUGUGUUAUAUAUGUGAUGUGUGUUCUACUUGUAUCUUUUGUUUUUGAUAUAUAUACACGUUUGUUUUUCUUAACAAAAGAAAAAAUAUUUGAUUUGAUGUUUUGUACUUUCUGCCUUGUACCUGGUUUCUGUCAAUCUAUUUCUGCAAAAGGAUAUUAAAGCCGAAAGGUAAUGGAUGUCA